UAUAGAGAAAGGGUAUAUAAUGUGAUGAUGAUUAUAUUAUAAUACACACAUUAUUGAUUCAACCGUUGAAGAGAAUAAAUCAUGAAUUCAAUAUUUUUUAAUCUCGUAUUGAGUGCAUUAUUAUUAAUAGUCUUUGAAGUGGUACCGAUAAAAUCAGAAUUGGAUCAAUCUUUGUGCCCUGGACCACUCAAAUUAUACGAGUCAUUGAAAUGUCAAUCACUCUUUGAUAGUACAUCUUCUUGUCCUUAUGCGAGUAAUUGUGAUUUCAAUUCGACACAAUUUAACAAUCUCGACAGCAGUGAGUGUAAUGUUCAUCUUGUUUAUGAUAAUAAAAUUAAAAAUAAAUGUGCUCCAGUUUAUGAUAUGGGACAGUCUGUGAGAACACUUUGUCCAUUGGAUUACAGAUGCCAAAAUUCAAAUGACACUGUUGUCAAACCAAUGUAUCCAUCAACAUUUGAAAAACAAGUUGAAUGUACUUUUGGUACCUUGAAAUUUAAAAUUCGUGAACGUCUUGAAAGAGUAUUAUUCUCAAAUUCAAAUCAAGUCUGCAUGGAUUGUGUUUGUCAAGUUCCACCUUUACUGACAUGUGAACGAAUGCCCAAGAAUUUCUGCGUUAAUAACAACGACAUUAUAAGAAUUGAUUAUUAAAAAAAAAAAUUAAAUUUAUAAUUUCAGUUGAUAAUUGUUUAAACACAAUAAAUAAUAUUUAGUAGAAAAAAAAAUACAGGAAAUUUUUGAUAGAUCAACAGCAUCAUAAUAAUAAUAAUAAUAUUCUUUGUUUUUUUAAAUUUUACUAUGACCUUGUAACACACUUUGAUUUUUAAUUAUCGAAAUAAAUGUUGUAACCUUUGUCAUUCAUUCGAAAUGGAAAAAUAUAUAAAAUAAAUAAAAAGAUCAUGUACGUAAAUGUACGUGACCUUAAUACUUAUUGACAUUAAUUAUUAAAUAAAAAAGAUAAAAAAUAAUUUUUUUAUAAAUGUAAGUUUAUAUUUUAUAUAUAUUUUUUGUUAUUGAUUUUAAAUUAAACCUAAUAACUUAUUAAUUAAUAUAAGAAAAAAAAAUUCACUUGUUUUUAUGAAUUUAAGAAAUAAAUAAAUUAUUCUUAAAUAAUUACGCAGGCAAAUAUAAAAGUUAUAUAAUAUUAGCAGUAAAAUGACGUGAAUUAAAAACAAAUUAACUAUAUAUUGUUUACUUUAAAAAAUAUAAAUAGCUGUUCAGCAAUUUAUACCAUUAUAGUUUAUCAAAA